UGAUCAGGAUGGGCGAAGCGCGCCUGGCCGUCGUAUGUUAGAAAACAAAAACUGACUGAGAAAACUGCGCACAAGUUCACGAGGUUGACCACAGUUUCAUGGAAGAUACUGGCCUUCAUCUCUCAGACGACCCCAUUUCUGGAAUGCUGAACACUGAAUCCCCGGCCAUGGAGAGCAAUGGGGAUGGCUUCCUUCCUGACCUUCCUGUUUUAGGUCAAACUGCUGACUGGUCACUGGACCAAGUGGCUCCAGAGUCACUCACCAACAUCUUGCCCGAGGACUCUGAUGCGUCCCAAGAUGCCCCGGGGGAACAACAACACCCCGACCAGCAGAUGAACAAUACAGAACUGGGAUCUGUGGAGAAGGCAGUGGAACAGUUUCAGAUCGCUAGUGCUCAGCUCUUCCAAGAGGAGCAGCCACCGCCACCGCCGCCUCCACCACAGCCCAUAGAGGAAGCUGAACAGCCUACAGAACAGCCUACAGAAAACACAGCAGAGUCUAUGGAGACUCCGCAAGACAGCCAGGAGAUGGCAAUAGAUACAGAUGCUACACAGGGUAGCACUCAAGAUGGGACUGAGGUACCGCAGGGGACAGAGGAUGGCAUGGAGCUAGAAGAACCAUCCAAAGAGACAACACAAGACCCCGCUGUUCCUUCAGAGCCCACCGAGCCACAGCUUCCCAGCGAGUUUGAAAAACUUUUCAAAGGAUGUGAGGAGAACCCAGAAGACUUUAAUGGUUGGGUCUACCUGCUGCAAUAUGUGGAGCAAGAGAAUGUUCUUGAAGCUGUGAGAAAGUCCUUUGACGUAUUCUUCCUGCGGUAUCCCUACUGCUAUGGCUACUGGAAGAAGUAUGCUGAUAUAGAGAAAAAACAUGAAAACAUACAGGUUGCAGAAGAGGUGUACAGAAGAGGCUUGCAGGCCAUUCCUCUCAGUGUUGACCUGUGGCUGCACUACCUGUCAUACAUCAAAGAGAACUCAGACCCAAGUGAUCCAGAGACAGAGGGACGCAUUCGAGCUGCCUAUGAACAUGCAGUGCUUGCAGCUGGCACAGACUUUCGCUCAGACCGUCUGUGGGAGUCCUUCGUCAACUGGGAAACAGAGCAGCAGAAGCUGGCUAAUGUCACUGCAAUCUACGAUCGCAUCUUGGGCAUCCCAACCCAGCUGUAUUCCCAGCACUUCCAGAGGUUCAAAGAUCACGUGCAGAGCAACAACCCUAAGCACUUCUUAUCAGAAGAGGAGUUUGUACAGCUGAGACUGGAGCUCUCGAAAGCCAGCCUCUUGGCCAUGGUCUGUGAAGAUGAAGAGACGCCUGCUCCUCAGGAGGAUCUUCCACCUGGCACAGAAGACCUUGCAGACCCUGCUAAGAGAGUGACAGAGAUCGAGAAUAUGCGCCACAAGGUUAUCGAGGUCCGGCAGGAAGUGUUCCACCACAAUGAACAUGAAGUCAGCAAGCGGUGGGCCUUUGAGGAAGGGAUUAAGAGACCAUACUUCCAUGUCAAAGCCUUAGAGAAGACCCAGCUGAACAACUGGAAGGAGUACUUGGACUUUGAGAUUGAAAAUGGGACUCCGGAGCGUGUGGUUGUUCUUUUUGAAAGAUGCCUCAUCGCUUGUGCUCUCUAUGAAGAGUUUUGGACCAAGUAUGCAAAAUAUCUAGAGGGCUACAGCACUGACGGUGUGAGACAUGUCUACAAGAAAGCGUGUUCCAUCCAUAUGCCCAAGAAACCAGCCAUCCAUCUGCUGUGGGCAGCGUUCGAGGAGCAGCAGGGCAACGUUGAGGAGGCUCGUGGCAUCCUGAAGUCCUUGGAGGCAGCAGUCCCAAGUCUGGCCAUGGUCCGCCUUCGGAGGGUCAGUCUGGAGCGUCGCCAUGGUAACUUAGAGGAAGCAGAGGCACUGUUGAGGGAGGCCAUGGAGUCUGCAAAGAAUGCUACGGAGACGUCAUUUUAUGCUGUGAAGCUGGCCAGACAGCUGAUGAAGGUGCAGAGGAGUCUGAGCAAAGCAAGGAAGGUGCUGCUGGACGCGAUAGAAAAAGACCAGACGAGUCCAAAACUGUAUCUAAACCUGCUUGAGCUGGAAUACAGUGGAGAUGUGACGCAGAAUGAGGUGGAGAUCUUGGCUUGUUUCGACCGAGCCUUGAAGAGCCAGUUGCCUCUCGAAUCCCGCCUCCUCUUCUCCCAACGCAAAGUCGAGUUCCUCGAGGACUUUGGCAGCGACAUCAACGUGCUCGUGGCUACAUACGAGGAACACCAGAAACUACAGAAAGAAAGCGAGCCAGCAAAGAGAAAAGCGGAGAACGGGUAUGACAGUUCUCAGGAACCUGAUGCCAAAAGACAGCGCGUAGAUGACGCUUCCUCUGGUACAGCAAACGCAAUGACAGACAUGCAGGCAAACAACUCUGCGUACAACUAUAAUUGGUACCAGCAACAAUAUGGCGGUUGGGGACAAAACAACUGGGGGCAGUAUGGCCAGUAUGCCCAGUAUAACCAGUACUAUCCUCCUCCUCCUACAUGAUGGACAAAAUCCUGACAUGAAGAUGGAGACUCAGCAAAAAGCGUCCUUUAUGUUCUGCCUACAUCUCUUAGCAAGGCUGUUUUUGAACAUGUUGUUAUGGGGGGUCAAAUGUGUCUAGGUUUUCAAUCUUAACAACUACAGGAGCUGAUUCCACUGAUAAGUUCUCUGGUUUCAAGUGUGCUAAUUAGUUUAAUUACAUGUUGUAGCUAUUGAUUGGAAUAUAAUACACUUGGCACUCCAUGGCAGACAUGGAUCAGUCACAUUGUUAAUUGCUACAAUGUCAUCUCCCAACACUGGUUGCUUUUUUUAGGUUCUUUAAUGCAUGUUGUUUGUGAAGGCAGAUUUAUUUUUCCCUGUGUGAUUUGGCUUCUUAAUUUUUAGAUUGGGUGACUUAAUUUGGUCUCUUACUGCUAAAGGUUUAAAGGAGGCAUUCUUUGAUGUACCUCUGAGUCAUGUGUUGCUCCUUCUCAAAUUGAAAGAUUUUUAAUAUGUCAAGGUUAUGUUUCCAUUAAAGAAAAAUGAAGAGUUCCUCGUUUGUUUUUUUUAUUUUGACUUAAUUUCAUAAUAAACAGAUUGAUAUCCUGAA